AUGGCUGAGGACGAUACGUAUCCCCGACGGGACUUCAAGCGGGCGGACCUUCGCUGGGAGAGUCUCAACGGACCAUGGGACUUCUUAUUCGACGACGAGGAUAUUGGUAUCCUUCAGUCAUGGCAACUGAAUGCUUUGCCUAGCCACGCACCAAGUUCUGAGACGAAGCCGACCGCAAAAAGAACGAUCCAGGUCCCUUUCGUCUUCCAAUGCCCCGCAUCCGGGAUCAAUGAGCGUGGCGUACAUCAAGUCCUAUGGUACGAGCGACGUAUUGAAGACCUUCGCAGCCCUCAAGAUCUCGCAAACGGUCAACGACUACUACUCCGCUUCGGAGCGGUAGACUACCACGCGAAAGUGUGGCUGGACGGCUAUCUCGUCGGCGAACAUCGAGGAGGACAUGUCCCUUUCGAUCUUGACCUGUCCGAAGUCAUCCAGCGGAGUCCAUCGGAAACACCAAAGCGUUUGACGGUCCGCGUCUUUGACUCGGCGUACGAUCUUGCACAACCGAGAGGAAAACAGUUCUGGGGUCCCCAGCCCGAGUCAAUCUUCUACACGCCAAGCAGCGGUAUCUGGCAGUCCGUGUGGCUCGAGAGUGUACCAGCCGCACGCAUUGUUGAUGGCAGUGGCGGCACCAUAUUACGAUCGGACAAGAUCGAAGAAGGUGCGCUGGAUGCUCGAGUAUGUGUCUCCGGGCGGCGUGUCGGGCAAAGUCUGUCAAUCGUGGUUGAGACCAGCUUGGGUGGCGUUGUAGUGGGAUCUGGGCGGAAAGAGCUCGCAAGAGACGAGGACUUUGUCCGGUUGACGGACGUCAAUAUGCGUCUGUCAAAUGAGCACAUUCAACAGCUCCCGCCUGUAUACUUGGCAGAAGGAGUCCUGUCUGAUCCUUCCCGAUGGCGAAAUGGCGUAACACUCUGGUCGCCAGAACAUCCGCUACUAUACGAUAUCAAACUCCGGUUGCUGGAUCGAGAAGAUCAAUGUCUGGAUGAAGUGCACACUACGACCGGCAUGCGCUCGCUGAAUUGGACGACCGGCGAUGGCACGUUCCGACUGAACGGUCGUCCAUACUUUCAGGCUCUCUUCCUGGAUCAAGGGUAUUGGCCGGAGACCCUCAUGACUCCGCCUUCUUCCGAUGCAUUGCGCAGAGACAUCGAGCUCGCAAAAGCGAUGGGCUUCAAUGGCUGCCGGAAGCAUCAAAAGGUGGAGGAACCAAUGUUCAUGUACUGGGCUGACCGACUCGGCUUCCUGGUCUGGGGUGAGAUGGCAAAUUGCUACCACUUCAGUGUUGAUGCAAUGCAGCGCUUUGACCAAGAGUGGAUGGAGAUGAUACGGAGAGACAUCAACUUUCCGUCUGUGGUAACCUGGACGCCAGUCAAUGAGAGCUGGGGAUAUCCAGACCUCGGUGGAGACAAGAGACAGCGUGAUCACAUCCGCUCGAUCUACUGGACCACGAAGGCGUACGAUCCUACGAGACCCAUCAACGACAACUGCGGCUGGGAGCAUGUCAUUACUGACAUUUCUUCUUUCCACGACUAUGCCGAUGGUCCAGGCAUGGCCGAGCGGUGUCAGUCGCUCAAGGAAAUCAUCGGACGUGGGAGGUCCAUGUUCAUUGGACCGAUCUACAGCAAACAUGGGAUCAAAGACGAAGGAUCGAGGCAUGUUCAUGGUGCGCCGGUGAUGUGCACUGAGUUCGGAGGCGUGAAUAUCGCGGCUGCCAACGAUGAAUCGCGCAAAGGCAAUUGGGGCUACACAACGGCGAAAGAUGCGCAGGAUCUGCUGAACCGAGUUGAAGGCUUGAUGAUGGGGGUCGUGAAAGCUGGGCACUGCUGCGGGAUCGUCUGGACACAAUUCACGGACAUUGAACAAGAGCAGAACGGGUUGUACACCUACGACCGAAAGGAGAAGUUACCCGCUGGCCAGAUGAAGCAGUUGAUGGAUCGGGUGCAGGAGGUGUACUUCAAGAACAGAGUCGGGCGGUGA